AUGCAUAAAUAUAAUAGGAAAAGUGUGGUUAACAAAUAUGUUAUUAAUAAACAGAAACAUUAUCAAACGAAGAAGUUGCCUAAUAUCUUACAUGUAAGGAAUUUGCCAAAGGACAUAACAUAUGGGGUUCAACCAUAUAAAAGGAGCCAGACUAUUAUAAAUAAAUAUAUUCAAUCGCCUGAUUUCGAUAAUAAGAGACUUACAAAACAAUCCUGGUUAAAUGAUUUUGAUCAUUUUAAAAAUUUAAAAUUUAUUAAAUAUGAAGGGUCUAGUACCUUGUCACAGUAUAUUAAUUUAUAUAUCGAAAAAAUUAAAGAUUAUUAUCUUAAAUUGAAUAAGAAAUCUAAUUCAAUGUUGAAUGACAAAAUUGUUCAAUUUAAUAAUAAAUGGAAAGAAGAACAUUCAGACCAUGAAUUGUCUCAAAUGAUAGAUAAUAAUAAUAAUAAUAUUGAAAUUAAAAAGUUGACUAAAUCUGAUAAUCAAUCGCCUUUAGAUAAACAAUAUCUUAUUAGUCUUUCAAAUAUUAAAAGGGAACAUUACCCUACAGUGUAUUGUUCUCCUAAAGAGAAUUCGACACAAUGGGAUUAUUUGACAAAUUCAAUAAAAUUAAUAUCUCAAAGAAACACAAUCUGUUUUUCAUUUGAUAUUGAAGCGUUUGAAAGAGAUAAUAAUAUCAUAACGGAGAUUGGAAUAUCUAUAUACGAUCCAAGAGAAAAUUUGCAUUCUCUUAAUCCGAUUUUUAGAAAUUAUCAUCUUAUCGUAUCUGAAUCACUGUCAUUAAUUAAUAAAAAUUGGGUACUUGAUAUGAAAGAAUGUUAUCUGCUCGGUGAAAGUUUAGUGCUUUCAUUAAGACAAUGUGUAAAUUUCAUACAAAAUUUGAUCAAUUUUUACAUGAUCCCUGAUAACAAUAUAUCUGAUUCGUGGGAAAGAGCUUUUGUUGGACAUAACAUUGAAGGCGAUUUUAAAUGGUUGAAAUCAAUGGGUGUGAUUCUACCAGACACUAAACCUGUAUCUCAUAUCUCACAGGUUGAUUGUAAUUCAAGCUCUCGUACUACUUUGGUGAUAGAUACGCAUAAGAUAUAUUCUGCUUGUUAUGGUAAGGAAGGGUCUAGUCUUGGCAAGAUAUUAAGGUUGUUUCAGUUGCCACAUGCUUUUUUACAUAAUGCUGGUAAUGAUGCUUAUUAUACGUUAAGGUUACUGUUACAUCUCUGCGAUGUCAAUACUAGAGUACAAUGUUCCUUGGAUGAUAUUUCCACUUUUCAGAAAAAAAUAAAACAAAUAUUGGAAAGAUCAAAACAAGAGGAUAAGAUUAUACCAAUGUCCUAUUCAUUGACCUUGAAAUACGGUAAUAGUAACGACAAUAAAAAUAAUAAUAAUCCUAAGAAUGUUACCAGUAAAAAAAAGAAAGAUCUGGUUCCACAAACAGAAUUUGGUGGAUCACAAUGGUUUUCUGAUGCUAAGCAAGCUUUUGAGAGUACUAUUGUUUCAAAGAGUAAUGUGUUUACAGAUUUCUAG